AUGCCCAUUGCUCUCCUCAAGUUCCCAACUGACCUUCUUCGAGAAGUCUUCAAACUCUGCGAUCCUUUCGAACUAUAUUUGUCCAAAUAUUCCAAAAGAACCCAAAAAUCGAUUAAAUCGGGCGGAACGAAGAAUUGGAAGCUCCAAUUCUGUGGUGGAAACAUUAUAGUUGCGUCUGUCGAUGGAUUGCAUUACAACUUUGGUAUAACUGAAAAUCCAGACGACUAUUUCAAAACACAAAAUGCUGCGGGAUACGGGAAUUACAUGAGUAUCGAGUUUGGAAAUCCUUUCUAUGUGUUCUUCUACCUUAUCGACACUUAUCGAAUUCGUGUCGUUGAAUCUCUCGGGAUUUACUUUGGCAGUUUUGAUAAACUUUCGAACGCAGCAAGAGAAUUGAUCGGAAGAAACAUUGAAAUUGAACAAGUCCAUAUUGGCUCUAAUCCAGAAGUCAAAAAAAUUGACAAGUUAAUGCCACUGACAAACAAGAUGCAUGUCAACCAGAAUUUUGAAUGUUUGAAAAAGUUUCCGCCAAAGUUCCGCCUGAAAUUGGACAAGUUCCCAAAAAAUAUUCUUAUCGCCUCGUCGUUUUUGUUCACUAUUGACCAACUAUUGGAGUGUACCUGUGUUCGAAUUGAACUAUGGGGAUCUUUGUUGAGCAAUCAGGACAUGGAUGUGUUCUUCCAAAAAAGGAAGAAGACAAGAUCAUUUCCGAAUCUUCGCUGGCUUCAAAUUUAUAAUUUGGUGCUUACCGUAUCGAUAACCCCGUUCAAUGUGAUUAAGGAUAAUGGAACAGUGGGAUUGCUGAGAGUGGAGAUGCCCAUUGCUAUCCUCAACUUCCCAACUGACCUUCUUCGGGAUGUCUUCAAACUCUGCGAUCCGUUUCAAUUGUAA